UUGUCACUAGCUCCUCCCCGCGGCUCCGCACGAGCACAGCUGGUCGAGGCCGUCGCGGCUCAGCUGCGGCGCCUGCGCACCGCGCCGCACGCCGACGCGCAGCACACGCUGCCCGCGUACAACAAGUGCCUCUCCGGGGUGCUCAACACCGUUAGUAUUGUUGUAUUGUCACUAGCUCCUCCCCGCGGCUCCGCUCGAGCGCGGCUGGUGGCGGCCGUCGCGGCGCAGCUGCGGCGCUUGCGCACCGCGCCGCACGCCGACGCGCAGCACACGCUGCCCGCGUACAACAAGUGCCUCUCCGGGGUGCUCAACACUGUUAGUAUUGUUGUUUUGUCACUAGCUCCUCCCCGCGGCUCCGCACGAGCACCGCUGGUAGCGGCCGUCGCGGCGCCGCUGCGGCGCCUGCGCACCGCGCCGCCCGCCGACGCGCAGCACACGCUGCCCGCGUACAACAAGUGCCUCGCCGUGGUGCUCAACACCUUCUACGAUACAUCUGGGUGUGGCGGGAACGUGAGCGAGGCGGCGCUGUGCUCGCUGCUGGGCGAGCUGCUGCGCGUGCUUGGCGGCGCGGGCGGCAGUGCGGGCGGCGGGGUGGGGGGCGGCGGCGAUGCGGAGCGGCUCGUGCGCAUCCUCAACAACGUGUGCGUCAGCGUGCUCGAGCACUCGCCGCGCACGCCGCUGCUCUGUGCGAUAGUUUCACUUCUUCACGAAUCGAUUGGUGUUUCUGACCCUGCUUACCCACGCUACCAAGAUUUGUUACUAAAAUGCUUCUGGAAGACCCUCAAGAUGAUCGCCACCUGGGAAGUAAACUCUAUAGAUUAUGACGCAGUGCUGUAUAAGAUUCAUCUGUUCUACAAGGCGUUCCCGAAUAGCUACUGGAAGAAAAAUGCUGAAAUUAGCGAUACACCUUAUAGAACUGUAAAGACCCUUGUCCAUACAUUGGUGAAGAUGAAAGGAGCAUCAAUUACCAACCACUUAACUCAAAUACCAGAUGUCAAUGAAUCCGACCUCUAUCCUUAUUUGCAUAAAGUAUUGAAGCAAUUGAAACUAGAUGACAAGAAAGAAAAUACGACGGAGUCGCUGAAUGGUGGAGGUGGUAUUCCCGGGGGUAUGGGAGUAGUGGGUAUGGGCGUGGGAGUAGGAGCAGGAAAUGCGGCGCUUCAGGCGGGGCGGCUGCCUCGCGCACUACACGAAGAGUUGGCGCUAAUUCUUAAGCGCAUUGGUUCCAAAGACCAUAAUCGAGACGCGCUUUCGCAGCUCUAUGACCUUCGAGAACGUCAUCCAGAGGUGGACAUUUGGACCUUUAUGCAAGGCUCAUCGUUUUAUUUCCGUAACUAUGUGGAGCGUGGUCUGCGGGAAGUAGCCGAGCAACGCAAGAUGGCAUCAGUACCGUUGUAUAAGCAUGACUAUAAAAAUGAAAACAUAGAUAUUAGUAAUGAAAACGAUGAGAAGUCACAUCUCAUAUUUCUGGAGCGACUGAGGGCUUUACAGGCUAAAGCUGGAAUGAAGACGGAAUCAAACCCAUCGUCUCAGCCGCGCACACCAGUGGGCGACAAUCGGGCUCUCACUGACACUAUAAAUGAAAACACUUUACCCCGAUCUCACAGUAUUGACCCACAGCUUGAUUUGCAUACUACACCAUCUGUAUCGCAGAAGAACGAAGCCGCGGUGGACGCUCUACGCCUUAAACUACAACAGAUCAAGAGUUCGUCCAAGAGAUAG